AAGAAUUUUGUUUAAAUGGUUGAUUAUUGGUGAAAUUGUUGCAGAAGUGAAGAAGAAGAAGAAGGAAAGCAUAGCUUAGGAUGUCUUGACAAGUAAGAAGGGGCGCGUACCUCGCACGGGUUGACCACUCGGCCGGCCAUUGAGGGGCCUUGCUCGAUAAACCUGAGAAAUGGCGGUCGGCCAAUUAUUCACGGAGCAGUACCAGGUGCCGCCGCUCGCCAAGAUCUUCCACGAGUUUCCCCACUUCAAUGUCACGCUCCACAUCAUCAACAAUACCUUCAAUCCGCACUCGGAGAUUUACAUCGAGAGCCUCGGCAUCCUGGGCAGCAUACCAGCGGCUCUGUUGAUCCUGACGCUGUUGGUUUUGCUCGUGUACCUGGUGACGCGAUGCUGCGACCGAAAGCCCCGACACCGGCGCUCGAUCGCCCUGUUCAAGUGUUGCCUGGCGAUACUGGCGAUACUCUGCUGCGGUGCCGUCGCCGUUGGCCUCUACGGCAACGACGACGUCCACAACGGCGUCGUCCAACUUGUCGCUGCGGCCAAAAACAUCGACAACUCCAUCGUGGCUGUUAAGAACCAGACGGAGGCGAUAGAGCUGACGCUGAAGCGCAAGGUGCUCAACGACCUGAUAGACCUCGGCGACAAGUUCGACUCGCCGGUGAGCAACAAGACGAUGUACGCGGCGUUGAUGGAGGCGCUCAACUCGAUGAGGCUGAACACGAGCUUCGCCGCGAAUCGCAGCUACGAGAUACGCAAGCCGCUGAGCGGCAUCAGCCUGGCCGGGGCCGUGGGCCUCACCGAGCGCGUCGAGCAGCUCAGGUGGCCCGUCACCAUGGCCGUGCUCAGCGCCCUGCUCAUCCUCUGCGUGGUCCUGCUGGUCGGCGUCGCGCGACACUCGAGAUGCGCCCUCAUCACGUUCUCCGUGUUUGGGCUGUUCGCGGUGAUAACCUCGUGGCUGAUGGCGUCGGUGUACCUGGCGAGCUCCGUGGCCCUGGGCGACCUCUGCGUCUCGCCCGACGGCUACGUCGGCAAAACCGCGCGCUCCCAGCUCGCCGCCGAGGUGCUCUCGUACUACACCCACUGCGAGAACGCCCGCACGAACCCCUUCACCCAGCAAUUGCGGGACGCCAGACAGUCGGCCAAUUACACGCGCCGGAGCCUAGAGACCGUCAAACACCUCGCCGACAAGCUCUUCAAGGACCAACAGCUCCAGCCGAGGUUCGACGGGCUGGCCAACAACGUCAACACCGUCGACAAACAACUCGCCAGUCUCACAGCCUUCCUCGACUGCAAACCCUUGCACAAGCAGUACCUCCACGCCGCCAAGAGCCUCUGCCACUUGGGCCUAUUCGGACUGACGCUGAUGCUCGCGGCGAGCGUGGCUGCCGGCUUUUUGUUCACGAUCCUCGUCUGGGUGGACUCUCACACGUGGAUUUACAUAAGAAAACGGAACGAUUAUCACCAGGUGAACGAGCAGGACCCGUACUUGCCGCCGUCGGCGGCCUCGCAGGCGAUAGCAGCCCGGACGCUAACACGAGGCCAAGGGUCGUACCCGCCUACAGCCCCUCCUCUUAAUCCGAAUGCUCAUGGCAAUCAUACAAUUAAGCAGCCUCUAUUGCUAACGCCGCCCCCGCCGUCUUACGCUACUGCGACAGCCCGCGCACGUCAGAUGCACGAGAGCAUGUCCAAAGGUGGGGGCAUUAACGGAGCCGGGGAUCACCACAAAUCGAGUCAGCACAAUCAGUCGUCGGGUGGCAGAGCCGACCACCACCAUCGUUCCGGGCUCGGGGAUCAGCCUGGCCAGUACGCGACUCUGAGCAAGCAAUGCAAGACUCUGGAGCCGAACGACUUCUACUGAGGACACGCCCCCUCGGGACCGGGAAGAGAUCCGCCGUGGGCGCCUUCGUUCACCGGCGGCACUCUGGCCCACAACUCUCACGGCUGCAUGGGCGGCCCCCAGCAGCACCUAGCC